AAAACCUGGCAACCCUGACUAGCGCUGUCAGAUCAGAGCUCAGUAAAGAUGGCAGCGCUAGCAGUGGUGGAAACCCCAUCAGGGAAAGAUGCUCUCGCGGAGGGUUUGCUGGAUCUCAUGAGUCCCGCUGUACAGCAGCUUGACUUACAUGUGCACUCAGUCAGAGAAAGCCAAGUGGAACUUAGGGAACACAUUGAUAAUUUGGCAUCUGAGCUGUGUAGGAUCAACGAACACCAGAAGGUGGCACUAGAUUUAGACCCAUAUGUGAAAAAACUCCUUAAUGCCAGGCGAAGAGUGGUGCUUGUCAACAACAUACUCCAGAAUGCACAGGAGCGUUUGCGAAGGCUGAACCAUAAUGUUGCUAAAGAGACGGCACGCAGGAAGACCAUGCUUGAGGCAUCUGGAGCAUUUACCCCACGCUCUCCCAGCAAACCAUGAUGUCCGAAAUCUCACAUUUUGGGAAUGCACCAUUACACUGUGCUCAAUGCCAAGGACCAACGCUGUAGAUUUGCAGAAUCUUCCUCUCAUCAUUAAAGGGCGCUGGGCUAUGCAAAGCACUGCUAGCAGAACACUGCAGCAUUAAUGUCAGUUCACUUAAGAGGAGUCAGGGAGACAGCAGUGUAAAUAUGCACUCAUUUCUUUCUUGAACAUAUGACUUUUUAAUAAAAUAUUUGUCUGUAUGAAUUUAACUGUUGCUGAAAAAUGCAAUGCUGUGGAUUUGCUAAUUAUUUGCAAAUGUAGGAUUUGAAUAAUUAUUGUUAUUUAUCAGAACUGUCCGAGAAAAUAUCUAGUCUAAUUUACCUGCAAAUAUUCUACUGUCAGUCUUACCAUAUUUUUUUCUUGGGUUUAGACUCUGUACACAUUUUUAUCAAAUUAUUUUCUGUUGCAAAUGUGCUUAAUGUAUUCAAAGGAAUCAUUCACCCAAAAAUGAAUAUGUAUUCACCUUCAGGCCGUCCAAGAUGUAGAUGAGUUUGUUUCUUCAUCAGAACAGAUUUGGAAAAAUUUCGCUUUCCAUCACUUGCUUGUUAUUGGGUCCUCUGCAGUGAAUGGGUGCCGUCAGGAUGAGAGUACAAACAGCUGAUAAAAACAU